AUGGUCCCUUUAGUAGGCUUCAAAGACAAUAUCGUCAUCUCGCAUUUCGUCUCCAACCUACGCAUCGGCUUUGAGCAGAACCCUGCCAGCACUUCUGACGCGCCUACCAUGCGUGCUGCCAUGGAAAGCUUUGGCAAACGUACCAGCGCCUAUGUAUCUGGACUGAGUGUUGCUGAGACUUACUUCAGUCAGAUUCACAAGGUUGCCCACAUGCAGUCGCAUGGCGCCGCAUUGUACGGUCAUGCACUUGGCCGGCUGCGGCUAGAUCUCCAGUAUAUUAACAACGACUUUGAUAGAGCCAGAGCGUUCUUGGGUCUCUGGACUGCAUACUUUUUGUCUCUGUAUGAGCUGAUUUCCUCCUCAACUUCUGGGAUGUGGUUGCAACACGCCCAGGGUGUAGCCACUCUUAUCGAGAUGCUCGGUCCUGAUUCUUUCCAGACUGCAUCUGCCAACGCUUUACUCGAAGUGAAGCGCCCAUUCUUGGGUAUCUCUCACAUUGUGAUGCGAAAACGGUGCUUUCUAGAGGCUGAGGAGUGGAAGACGGGCCCUUGGGCUCCACAGCCGGACUCCAAACUUCCAGGCUCCAUGUUAAUGGAUGUCUUUGUCACCCUUCCUGGAAUCGUAGAAGAUGCAGAUAAGUUGAAGGCAGAUGCUGAAAAAUUGAGGAGCGGUACACUAGCUGGGGCUGCGGUCAUGACAUCCCGAGCGAAGCUGCAAGGCAGAGUCCUCUCCGCCAUACACAACUUAUCAGAAUCUCGCUGGAAAUGGGAAGAUGUAUACCCGCGAGUUUGCUGGAAAACCCGCAUCAACAUGGCAACAACACUGUGUUUAGACCUAGAGGGAAAGCCACUCUUUGAGACGUGCCUGAAUUUCGUGGGUAUGAAGCGAACUUUUGAAAUCCUCUUUUACAAUGUCAGCAGAUUGUUGUUGUUCCGGCUGUCAGACUUGAUAGGAUUGAAAGAGGACGCAACGGCGAACAUGGAACAUGUUUGGCAGCGACACGGCCCUUUCUUGAAUCCCCUGUUGCUCCCGGGUCUUGGAACGAGAGAAUCUCACGCUUUGGAAAUUUGCCGGAUCGUGGACUAUCUACUGAACGGUGAGCAGAACUACCACGGUGCCUAUAUCCUCCUUUUUCCUUUGCGUGUUGCUCGGACCCAACUUGAAUCGUCACCCAAGGUGCAUGACUGGAUUGGCAGAGUGCUCAAGCAGUUUGCGGAAGAGAAAGGGUUGAGGGUUGGCGAGUACUUGAAUGAAGUGAGCCAGACUGGCGACGGGAUGACACCCAAGAAGGGUUGA